AGUAUUGAGAAGGAGUGAGGUGUAGAAGAGGGACGGGAGAUUUGGGCCAGGAGAGUCUUGGAAAGGAAGAGAGUGGCCCUACUUUGUCCAGCCUCUAAACCCAGAAUGCCAGGGAUUAGGAAGCAGCCUUGCCCAUGGGCUGAGUUGCAGCCUCCGCUCAGGGAACCCUGAGCAAAUAGCCCUGAUCCCCACAUAAAGGGCCAAUUAACUGCGCUGUCUCUGGGAACAAAUCCGCUAACAGGGUGACAAGCCCCUAGACGCUGGCAGGCCCUGUGUUUGCUGAGAGGCCCACCGGGAGCAAAUCAGGGGAUUAGGAGGGGGCAGGAGCCACAUGGUGGGAUGCGGUUUCCUGUCUGCUGCAGCCCUCCCUGCCCCAGAGCAGGGCUGGUGCCAGGACGCCGGAUUUCUGUCCUGGUUCAUCCUCUGACGUGAUGGAACCCAGGUGACCUGGGUGGGUCAGCAAGGAGGGGAGCAGAGGGCUCCUGAACCGGGAAUCUGAAGCAUCAGAGCAGAGCAAGUAGUCCAAUUUCUCCUUAACGGAUGGGCAAACAGGUCCAGAGUGUGAAAUCUCACUGGCAAAUAUAGGAUUGGGACGUCUGGGUUCGUCAUUCCUGAAGGGAUUGAUUUCUGGUGGGAAAAUCUAACCCUUAUCACCUCUCUUAUCUGAAUGCAGCCUCGUCCUGGAACAAGGAUCAGACGUCAGGUCCUAUCUCUUAGUAACUGGUCCUUGAGAAAGAAUGUCACCAGCUCCUCUCCCACCUACCCCAAUUUAAGGUCCGCUGGGGUUUAAGUGUUUGUGGGGCGCCAGAUUCCUAGUCCAGCAAGGACAGGCGGGGUGCUGAAAGAACAGCUCCUAGGGCGCAGCCUCCGGUGGGGCACGCCCUGCCCCACUGCCCCGCCCCGCCUCCGCCCUUCUUGCUUCUGGCCUGGCGAAGUCACGCGCAGAGCUGAGGCGGGGCGGGGGGCCGUAGGAAGGCACCUAAACGUCCGUUCGUUUGAGGCCCCCGAGGGCUGCUCUGAGGAUUGAGGGAGGAGUUUGGGGACAAGCCCCCACCCCUUGACUAAGUCUCUAGUUCACUUGAGCGCUGCCUGCCUGAAAUACCCAACUCCUGACUUAGCUUACGAUGGGGUCUACGUCUGUGUAACACCCACCCCUCAGGAUGUUGACCUGUUCACCUGCCUCUUCCCACUUCGGAAGCAGCCACUCCUCAAAGGUGAUCUCCUCACACGGAGCCCUCCGGUUGAGCCAGAACCCCACCAUCAGCAGGGCCUUAGCUCAGAUAGGCCCGGGUCUCUCUUCCCCUGACACCCCAAGGCCACCCCUAGCCUAGGAAAGUGUGUGUGUGUGUGUGUGUGUGUGUGUGGAGGGGGGCGACUGGGAGAUCUUCAGGUACAAAGAACGCCAGAAAAGCCAGAAGCAGGCGGGUGGGGGGGUGUCGUGUCCCCUCCACCUAAGGAGGAUCGUUAUCAAGUUUGAACUGAUUUGAGCGAGUCUUCCAUCAACCCCAUGUCUUCUCUUGCACUUGCCUUUACAGGAACAAUAUUGCUCUCUUUGUCUUAGCCCCAGACUCCCUGGCUCCCCUUCAGUCUCCUCCGAAAGGUGAGACAAUUUAAUAAAAUAUGUCAGAGCAAAGUAAUGCAAAAGCACGCCGAUAGAUGCGAGAUGCCUGGGUUUCCCCGGGCUUUCCGCCUCCAGUUUUAUCCCUGUUGAGUAUCCUCAGGAACUACUAGAUUAGUGGUGCGUCUGGGGCAAGGACUCCCCGGUCAAGACGCGCCACCUCAUCCCCCGGUCUCUCGGCUGCAAACCAGGCGACUGCUGGGCAAAGGGGUGGACGCACCGCGGAAUUAUUCUCCACCCACUUCCAACUCCCGCCCCAAACCACGCCAGCCGUCCGCACUCCCGCAGCAAAGCCCGGGGACUUGGGAGGAAGUGGAAGCCAGGACUUGGAGAGCUAGAGGAACGGUCUGGCCCUUUGCCUCAGUUUCCUAAAAGAGGAAAAGAGAGGAGGGAUUCCUCCUUUGAAGUCAGGCAGAAGGACAGAGUCCGAAAGAGCCUCAUCCCUCAUCUUGGGUGCUUUGAGAAAGGAGGGAAACUCUCCCGAGGUGUCCAGAACCGACGCGGGACUCGGGGCGCGGGGCGGGGACUCCGCAUCUCGCGCGCGACGCGACUCUAGUCUCUGGCCCUGCUAGUGGCCGUCGGGGUGGGGGUGGGAGGGUGGAAGGCGGCGGAUUAAUCCCUUAAUUACGCGGUGAUCCGCGAGGCACCUGCUUUCUGCCCGCCCAGCUCCCGGGGGACCCGGGCACGGCGGGUUGGAGAGAGAAGGACGAGGGAAGGAGGAGGGCACGCGGAGGCACGCGCGGUACCCAGGCGCGCCGGCAGGAGAGCGGCACCGUGGCUGGGACAGCGCGCAGAAGCUGUAGAGGGGCUUACGGCUCCCGGCCCGCGGGUCUCAGACCCAGGGGCUGGGCCCCGAGCCCCCAGCCCCGAUCCCAGUCGGGUCGCGCCAUGCUGCGCUACCUGCUUAAAACGCUGCUGCAGAUGAACUUGUUCGCGGACUCCUUGGGCGGGGACAUCUCCAACUCCAGCGACCUGCUCUUUGGCUUCAACUCCUCGGUGGCGACGCUCAACCAAAGCCAGCUGACCCCCGGCGAUCCUUAUCUCAACGGGUCAAAGGUCGGGCCGGAGGACGCGAUGCCGCGCAUCGUGGAGCAGCCGCCAGAUCUGCUGGUCUCCCGAGGCGAGCCGGCCACGCUGCCCUGCCGCGCGGAGGGCCGGCCGCGGCCCAACAUCGAGUGGUACAAGAAUGGGGCGCGCGUGUCCACCGCGCGCGAGGACCCGCGCGCACACCGCCUGCUUCUGCCCAGCGGCGCCCUCUUCUUCCCGCGCAUCGUGCAUGGGCGCCGCGCGCGGCCGGACGAGGGUGUCUACACUUGCGUGGCGCGCAACUACCUGGGAGCGGCGGCUAGUAGAAACGCCUCUCUAGAAGUGGCAGUCCUCCGCGAUGAUUUCCGGCAGUCUCCUGGGAACGUGGUGGCGGCCGUGGGGGAGCCCGCGGUAAUGGAAUGCGUGCCCCCCCGCGGCCACCCAGAGCCUUCCGUGUCCUGGAAGAAGGAUGGUGCUAGAGUCAAGGAGGAGGAGGGAAGGAUCACGCUCCGUGGAGGGAAGCUGAUGAUGUCACAUACGCUCAAGAGUGAUGCAGGGAUGUAUGUGUGCGUGGCCUCCAACAUGGCAGGAGAACGGGAGAGUGGGGCAGCCAAACUUGUGGUUCUGGAGCGUCCCUCAUUCCUGCGUAGACCAGUGAAUCAGGUGGUCCUGGCUGAUGCCCCCGUGGACUUCCCAUGUGAGGUGCAGGGGGAUCCCCCGCCUCGUCUACGCUGGCGCAAGGAGGAUGGGGAACUGCCCACAGGCAGGUAUGAGAUCCGGAGCGACCACAGCCUUUGGAUCGGGCGUGUGAGCGCUGAAGAUGAGGGGACUUACACCUGUGUGGCGGAGAACAGCGUGGGCCGCGCCGAAGCAUCCGGCUCCCUCAGUGUUCACGUCCCACCCCAGCUGGUGACCCAGCCCCAGGACCAGAUGGCGGCUCCUGGAGAGAGCAUAGCUUUCCAGUGCGAGACCAAAGGAAACCCCCCGCCUGCCAUCUUCUGGCAAAAGGAGGGAAGUCAAGCCCUGCUAUUCCCCAGUCAGUCACUUCAGCCCACGGGGCGCUUCUCAGUCUCUCCCAGAGGCCAGCUCAGCAUCGCUGAAGUGCAGAGCGGGGAUGCUGGCUACUACGUGUGCCAGGCUGUCAGUGUGGCCGGCAGCAUCUUGGCCAAGGCUCUGUUGGAGGUGAAAGGAGCCUCCCUGGAUGGGCUGCCUCCCAUCAUCCUCCAGGGACCAGCCAAUCAGACGCUGGCACUUGGCUCCUCUGUGUGGCUGCCAUGCAGAGUGACUGGGAACCCUCAACCUAGUGUCCAGUGGAAGAAGGAUGGGCAGUGGCUGCACGGGGAUGACGUCCAGCUCAACCUAAUGGCCAACGGUACCCUGCACAUCGCCAGUGUGCAGGAGAUGCACAUGGGAUUCUAUAGCUGUGUGGCCAAGAGUUCCACAGGGGAGGCCACCUGGAGUGGCUGGCUGAGGAGGCGGGAAGACUGGGGAGUAUCACCAGACCCCCCUACAGAACACAGUACCCCUCCGGGGCCUCCCUCGCAACCAGUGGUCACUGACAUUACCAAGAACAGCAUUACCCUGACCUGGAAGCCUAACCCACAAGCUGGGGCCACAGUCACCUCUUAUGUGAUAGAGGCCUUCAGUCAAGCCUCUGGCAACAUGUGGCGGACGGUGGCAGAUGGCGUGCAGCUGGAGACACACACCGUCAGUGGCCUGCAGCCCAAUACCAUCUACCUGUUCCUGGUGCGAGCCGUGGGAACCUGGGGCCUCAGUGAGCCCAGCCCCGUCUCCAAGCCCGUCCGCACCCAGGACAGCAACCCAUCCGGGCCAGUGGAGGAGGACCCGUGGAGAGGCCAGCGGGGACUGGCUGAAGUGGCUGUGCGUCUGCAGGAGCCCGUAGUCCUUGGGCCCCGGACCCUGCAGGUGUCCUGGACUGUAGAUGGCCCAGUCCAGCUGGUACAAGGUUUCCGGGUGUCUUGGAGGGUAGCAGGUCCUGAUGGGGGAAGCUGGUCAGUGCUGGACCUACAGUCCUCAAACCAGCAAAGUACUGUGCUAAGAGGACUCCCCCCAGGGACUCAAAUUCAGAUCAAGGUUCAAGCUCAAGGCCAGGAGGGGCUGGGGGCUGAAAGCCCCUUGGUGACCAGGAGCAUUCCUGAGGAGGCCCCCAGUGGUCCCCCCCAGGGAGUGGCAGUGGCCUUGGGGGGUGACGGCAACAGCAGUAUCACUGUGUCUUGGGACCCUCCGCUCCCCUCCCAGCAAAAUGGGGUCAUCAAGGAAUACCAGAUCUGGUGCCUGGGCAAUGAGAGCCGCUUCCACCUCAAUCGGUCCGCGGCAGGCUGGGCGCGCUCGGCGGUGCUACGGGGACUGCUGCCCGGUCUCCUCUACCGGACCCAGGUCGCGGCGGCCACCAGCGCGGGCGUGGGCGUGGCCAGUGCCCCGGUGUCGGUGCAGCUGCCGUCUCCGCCGGAACUGGAGCCUGGGCUCGACGCGGGCCCAGGGCUGGCGGAGCGGCUGGCGAGGGUGCUGCGGGAGCCCGCCUUCCUCGCGGGCAGCGGCGCCGCGUGCGGAGCGCUGCUCCUCGGGCUCUGCGCCGCCCUCUACCGGCGCCAGAGGCAGCGCAAGGAGCUCAGUCACUACACGGCCUCCUUUGCUUACACACCUGCAGUGUCCUUCCCACACUCAGAGGGCCUGUCGGCAGCCAGUUCCAGGCCACCAAUGGGCCUCGGCCCUGCUCCUUACCCGUGGCUGGCAGACUCGUGGCCGCACUCAUCUCGCAGCCCCUCGGCCCAGGAACCCAGGGGAAGCUGCUGCCCCAGCAAUCCUGACCCAGACGACAGAUAUUACAAUGAAGCAGGGAUCUCCCUUUACCUGGCUCAGACGGCCCGGGGAGCUGCCGCCUCUGCUGAGGGUCCUGUCUACAGCACCAUUGACCUGGCCGGCGAGGAGCUGCAGACCUUCCACGGGGGGUUCCCUCCACAUCCCUCAGGGGAGCCAGGCGACUGGAGCCAAUAUGCUCCUCCAGAAUGGAGCCAGGGGGACAGUGGAGCCAGGGGAGGCAAAGUAAAGCUUCUGGGAAAACCUGUACAGAUGCCCUCUCUCAACUGGCCAGAAGCGCUGCCACCCCCGCCCCCUUCCUGUGAACUGAGCUGCCUAGAGGGGCCUGAGGAGGAGCUGGAGGGCCGCUCAGAGCCGGAAGAGUGGGGCCCACCAGUGCCCGAGAGGAGCCACGUGGCAGAGCCCAGCACCAGCGGGGGGUGCUUGGUCCCUCCGUCCCGAGGGGAAACCCCCUCUCCCACACCUUCCUAUGGACAGCAGUCCACAGCCACUCUUACCCCCUCACCUCCUGACCCUCCCCAGCCCCCCACUGACAUUCCCCAUCUCUACCAGACGCCCAGGAGGGCGCCCCUUGGGCCAAGUUCCCCUCUCAGUGUAUCCCAGCCCACGCUGAGUAGCCGUGAAGGGAGGCCUGCUGGCCUGGGUGCUGACCCCACGGCCCUCCAUCACAGCCCCAGCGCUGCCGCUAGUACAGCCAGCAGUGCCCCAGGGAGAACCCGGCAGGCGCCUGGGGAGAUGACUCCUCCACUUCACGGGCCCCGUGCCCGAAUCCGGAAGAAACCCAAGGCUCUUCCCUACCGGCGGGAGCACAGUCCUGGGGACUUGCCGCCCCCUCCCUUGCCGCCACCGGAGGAAGAGGCAAGCUGGGCCCUGGGGCUGAGGGUGGCAGGCAGCAUGUCCUCCUUGGAACGGGAGCGGGAACACAGUGGGGAGAGGAGAGUGGUGCAGGCCGGGCCCCUGGGGGCCUGGCGGGGCCCGCACCUGGAUGAAGAGGCCUGGCUCCCCUACAGCCGACCAAGCUUCCUGUCCCGGGGCCAGGGCACCAGCACCUGUUCCACAGCCGGCAGCAACUCUUCGAGAGGCUCCGGCAGCUCUCGGGGCUCCCGGGGCCCUGGCCGGAGCCGGAGCCGGAGCCAGAGCCGGAGCUAGAGCCAAAGGCCAGGACAGAAGCGUGGAGAGGAACCAAGAUGA